UUAACAUUUGAAGUCUGAGUAUAACACAUCCAUCUCAAGAAUCGUGAAAGGAAAAGACAUUUCCACUGAAUUUUCAACUAAUAAUCAACUGUAGCAUUAUGCCAGGAACUUCAUAUCAGUAUACAUGUAUCAGUAUACAAUCAAUAUACAUGUACAUGUAAUUAAGCACAUGGACCUGGUCAGUUCUAAACUAAUAGACUCUUAAGUAUAGCACAUAGGUUAGCAAAUUUUUCUUUGUUGGGAACAAAAUGUGACAAUAGGAUCAAUGCUGAAGAAAAAAUAAAGUUAAGUAAAAUUACUCUCUGGUGACAGUAAGAGCAGUUUCAUUUGCUCUUACUAACACUACAUAGUAUGUUUUUCUUCCUGUAAAAAAUUCAUUACACCUAAAAUUCCAAGCCAAAGGCUAUUGAUCUGCAAGCUGUAGUAUCCAAUCAUAUCACACGUAUUCACAUUUAGCAUAUUAUGUAACCGUGGUUAUUGAAUAAAUUAGUUCUGAUCUGAGAUGGAGUAGUUAUUACAUUGGCGACAAGACGGGAUCGAAAAACAAGUUACAUUAGGCAGCAAACCAAGCGAAAUUAAGUAGAAACAUCCAAGAUCGACUCAUAACAAAGAAGCGAGCCGCAUCAAGCGCAAAAGUAAAAAGCUACAAUGAGGAAAUCAAUUGAAAGAACCAAACUCGUGUGAAUUGCGAAAUCAAUCAAUUGGCGAACAUGGCUAACAACGAAGGAGUGGCAGCAGCGAAUCCAGCGGGAAAUAUUCACUUUUUACGACCUCGAAAACACUUUGAAUUGAGAAAUUCAAUAUACCCGAGGACCGACUUCAAAUCAGACACGCAUGGGAGGAAUGGCUGGAGGAUUUCAAAGAAGAAAUAUCUUAUCCAGGAAUUAGUGAAAUCAAAGAAAAAGUUUCGGCACUGAAGAUUUACGGUGGGACAGAGAUAAAGAAACUAUCCAGAAAUCUACCAGAAACCCCAACACAGGACGGUGAUAAUGAUUAUACAAAGCUCAAGAGAAAGUUAAAUAAUCAUUUCCUACCAAAGAGAAAUAAGCAUCACGCCAGAUACAUGUUUAGCAAGGAACGUAUACAAUCCAACGAAAGCAUCAUAAGCUACAUGGCGAGAAUGAGAGAAAAAGCUAAAGAAUGUGAAUUUGGCGGUCAAUUGGAUGAUCGAAUCCUAGAGCACUUGAUCCAAACCAUACCAAACUAAGACCUGAUAAAGGAAUGCAUAAGGAAAUGGAAUCUGGAUCAGUUCAUAGAGGAAGUGGGACAACGUAAUGACAUCAGCCAGCAAGUAAAGGACAUGAAGAACAAGCACAACGUCACGAGAAUUCAUGGAAAACCGCAAUAGAGACCCAAACAACAUCAAGGAAAGAGACAAAACAAAAUCAAAUGAAAAGUCAAAACAAAAUCAAAUGAAAAGUCAAAAACAAAAUCAAAUAAAAAGAGAGAUGAGAAACCCUGUCACUACUGUGGAAAAAGCGGAGAUCACAAACCAGGUCAAAACUGCCCUGCAUAUGGAAAGCAAUGUUUGAAAUGUGGAAAGUACAACCACUUUGCGAAAUGCUGCAAAAGCAAUCCAAGCAAAGAAACGACUGAAGGCAACAAAGGCACAAAACCACAGCAGAAACGACAACAGCCACGUGUGAAAAAGACCACAGACUCAAGCGAGGAUUCAGAUGACGGAUUUCUACAACAAACAGCACAUCACCUUAACUAUGAAGCAAAGAAAGUACAAUCAAGUAAUAAAACCAACACAGUCAGAUUGAGAAUCGCUGAUUUAGAUGCAGAUGUGGAACCGGACAGCGGAGACAGCAUCAACAUAAUGGAUGAGUAUCAAUUCAGAGCACUCAAACACAGAUCUCAAGAAAUACAGGAAUUAUCACCUUCUAAUGCCAAACUGAAAACCUUACAAAGCAGGUUGGAGGUCAAGGGUGAAUUCACAGCACUGAUCAGAAACAAAGACCCGAGGAAUCACAGCAAAAUUCCUAGUCAUCAAAGGAAGAUAGACUCGAUCGCCACCACUUAUAUGCAAAGACACACUUACCGAGCUAGGAAUGCUCAAGAUUGAUCAGGAAGGAACACUUAAAGAGCGAAACAACUUAAGGAUUAAGAAAGUCCAAACAUCGAGCCAAAUUGAAGCAUUACUGGCAGAGUAUAGUGACACAUUUCAUGUAAUUGGCUGCUUCAAGGAAAAAGAAACUGGAGAAAAGAUGCAAGUCAAACUAGAAAUGGAACCCCAAGCAAAACCGGUGGCACAGAAACCACGAAAUGUACCCUACCACUUGCAGCAACCAUUGAAACAAUGGAUUGACGAAGGCGUAGGGAAGGAAAUCUUUGAAAAAGUACCACCAGGCGAAGCGAUCAUGUGGUGCUCACCUCUCGUGGUCCAGCCAAAACCAAAAUUUGCCGAGACGAACAAGAAUGAGCUAGAAUCACACAUGAUAAGAGCCAGCAUAAAUAUGAGAAUCCCAAAUCAAUCCACAAAGAGAAACAGAUGCAUACAGGCACCAAAGAUUGAGGAUUUCAUCUAUCACCUACACGACUGCAAAGUACUCUUGAAACUUAACCUCAAGUAAGGAUUCCAUCAGUUAGCACUGGACCCUGAAACCAGAAAGGUGGCAACAUUCAGCACGCCAUGGGGCAACUAUCGACCACUUAGACUGAUCUUUGGCGCCAAGUUGUUGCCGGAUGUAUUCGAUGAGGUAUUAAUGUUUAAAGUAUUUGGAGACAUUCCUCACUGCCUAAAUCAAAGGGAUGACAUACUUCUAGGUGUAAGAAAUGCAGAGGAACACCAACAAGUAUUGCGAACAGUGUUGCAAAGAGCCAGAGAUCAUGGAGUAACAUUCAAUGAAGACAAGCGUGAAUUUAAGAAAGAGGAGAUUGAGUUCUUUGGACACAUCUUCACUAAAGAUGGACUGAAACCAUCACCAGGUAAAGUGAAAGCGAUUAAAGAAUGCAAAGCACCUCAGAGCAAGGAAGAAGUUCGGAGCUUCUUAGGAAUGGUGGGCUAUCGAUCUAGACAACUUCAUCCUGAACUACGCAAGCAUUGCUGCAAUAUUACAUCGUCUAACAAGAAAAGAAACCAAGUUCCAUUGGGGAAAGGAAAAACAUGAGGCAUUUUAGAAAAUACAGGAGAACUAAUCGGAUGAGAAGACUAUGGCAUACUUCGACCCAGGCAAGCAAAUCAUAUUGAGAACAGAAGCCAGUUACAAUGAAGGACUGUCUGCAGCACCACUACAGAAGACCGAGAACGGCAUGCAACCAGUCCACUACACAAGUCGUACAAUGACUGAGACAGAGAAGAAGUACAGCCACGGAGAAAGAUGCACUAGCGAUCAAGUGGGCAAAAGAUCGACUGAGAGUAUACCUACUUGGAGCACCGAGAUUCACCAUCGUAACAGCGCACAAGCCUUUACUCCCACUCUUCAAUAAAGUCAAGAUGUCAAUGCCUCCCCGAAUAGAGAAAUGGGUUAUGCAAAUGCAAGACGUAGAUUAUGAACUAAUCUACGAACCUGGAAAAGAUUGAGCUGAUCCAUUAGACUACCUCUCAAGGCAUCCGUUACCCGAAACAGAGGACGAUGGAACAGAAAAAGUCAUCAAGUGGACAGUAGAAGCUGAACAUUCAGUAGUCUUAGAGAGGAUAAGAGAAGAAACGCUGAAAGACAACACCAUGCAGAAACUAGCCCAACCAAUAGCAAAAGGAGACUGGGACACACACAAAAAAAGACAAAGAUGUCGAACCAUAUACACACAUCAAGCAAGAACUCUCUACAGCAGAAGGACUCAUCUUCAGACAAGAAAGGAUCCUGUUACCAGAGAAACUGCAAAGAAAAGUUGUCAAGAUGGGACACAGCUUAGGGCACCUUGGAAAGAAAAAGACGAAGAAAAUGUUACGCAAAAAGUAUUGGUUCCCCUACAUGAACAGCAUGAUAGACAAUGCCAUUGACCAAUGUUCCAAAUGUCAAGUAGCUACAAGAGAGAAACAAACGGAACCAAUCAAGAAUACCACCAUCCCAGACAGACCAUGGGACAUUGUAUCAGUGGAUUUUGGAGGCCCAUACCCUGAUGGACACUACAACUUAGUAAUCAUCGACAAGAGAACCCAGUACCCAGUUGCAGAACGAGUACCGUCAACAUCAUUCCAAGUCAACAAAGAAAGGCUAAAACAUGUGUUUGCUACUUAUGGAACCACAAGAAGAGUAGAGACAGACAAUAGACCACCGUUCAAUUCCAAACAGUUCAAAGACUUUGCCAGAGAAGAAGGAUUUGAGACUCACAAUGUGACACCUCUCCACCCAAGAGCUAACAGCGAAAUGGAAAGAUUCAUGGAGAUGAUAAACAAAACUGAACGAAUAGCUCAUCUACAGGGUAAAGAUAAAUUGGAAAGCCAAAAUGCAAUUCAUGACAUGCUGACUGCAUACAGACUGACACCCCACCCAGCAACAGGAAUCUCACAAUAUGAAGCUAUGAGAGGAACAUUCAUCAGGACCAAAUUAGAUUACUCAACACCCAACCAACAAUCAUCAGAAGAUGAACAGAUGAAUGUUAAUGAUGCAAAGUACAAGGAAAGAAUGAAAAAACAACGAGAGAACACUCAAACAAAAGAGAAGAGAUUGUUGAUCAGAGACUAUGUAUUGGUUGCGCAAGAAAGAAAGAACAAAUGGAGCACACCAUAUGAACCAAUAUUCUACAUGGUGUGUGACAAUGAGGGAUCAAAGAUCACAGCUAGAAGAACCACAGAUGGACACACCAUAUCGCGUGAUGCUAGCCACUUCAAACUAGUUAACUCAGUUCUCAACACGGCAGAUGAAGUGAAGAACAACGCGGUACAACACGGUACAACGCCAUUGAACACCAAGCAACAGGACCAUAAAGAAGAAAGUCUGAGAGACAUAAAGAACCCUGAGACCCAAGAAGAACCCAACAGCAAGCAAGAACAAAUGACACGGUACGACAAGCCAACAGAGACACCUCAAAUCAAGCAGGAAAAGGAGAAAGAACCACUAUGAGAAAUACCAACUAGACAACAGAGGGAAUGACGACUGCCUAAACGAUUUGAUGACUUCCAAUUGUACACCUAAGAAAAGCAGCUGGAGUCAUGAACUUAGUUAUUGUUGAGUCACGUUAUAUUUGUUAUAAUUAUUUGUGAUAAUAGUAUUGAGUGAUUACAAUAGAUGAUUGUUAAAAUGAUUACACGUUGGCAUAUAAUUUCCACAAAGGGACUGUGGACCUUUAAAACAAUAGGAGAAAUGUAGUAUCCAAUCAUAUCACAGGUAUUCACAUUAGCAUAUUGUGUAACUAUGAUUAUUGAAUAAAUUAGUUCUGAUCUGAGAUGGAGUAGUUAUUACACAAGCUUAUCAAGUCUUUUUGCCCACAUUCCUCGCACUAGUGUAAUUAUAACCGAUGAUAAGUAGGAAAUAGCUAUACUGAAAAGGUACUGAUGCUUCAGUUGAUAAAAUAGCAGUGUUUGUUUGUGUGUCCGUUUCCCAAUUGUCCUGGCAGGUAUAAUUGUUUGUUGCAUGUCCCUCUUCUUCAUUUUGAUGUCCUUUUAUAUGAAAGGGGUAUGCCCUGGUGUGCUCACUUUCACUAGUUUUCAAAGUUUCACCAAGAUGAAGACAAUAUGGGCAUCCAUAUAUGUUCCACUGAAUUGCAACAUAUUCCAAACAAACACUUUGCAGGAAUGUCAAAACUUCUGCACAAAAUAAUACAACAUUUGAUCCUCGAGGUGAAAGACAACAUCCAGGAUAGAGAGGUCGGUUAAAAUUAUCAUCAGAUGAUUCACUGCCGUUGUCGGUCUCUUCAUUGGUAUUCUUUUCAUCAGUCUCCUCCUCAGCUAACGUUUCAACAACAUCUGGAAAAUCGUCUGCAUAAGAAACACCACUAUGGUCUUCCCUGACCAAAUCAGUAAAUCGAGCCGGAUUGUCACUCAUUGACAUGAGCUCUUUAACUCUUUCGGUCUCAAAUUCAUCACCACUGUUGGAAAAACUGUUAAUUUUCAUUUUAUCAUUAAAUUGUUUUGGUUCAGGCAGCUGAAAAUCAUCCAAAAAGAAAGACAAGGUUGAGCUACCCGGACCUACAGAAAUCAAUGCGACUUUUUGUUAGGUUUCUCUCCUCUCUCUCGCUCAUUAAUUUAGUUCCUUGCUCCAUCUAUAUUUUGUAGCUCUCGGAACAUAUGUGUGGAAGAGUCGCAUAAUAUUGUAAAUAUAGACCUUUGAAGUUCUCACUAUCAUCCACCAUGUUCGCUCAUUUGAUUGCUGACCUGAAUGACCCCAGUGACCAACGUGACCCACAUGCCCCAAUGACAAUACGACCCACAAUGCCCCUUCACCAGCAAAGAGCACAAAAUCAAUUAUUCUUGUAUCAAAGGUCAAGUUGGCCCAAGCUAACCGUCAUUCAGCUACAGUACGUGUUUCUAUAUUUAUCGUUACUUAACCAUGUCAAAGGAAGGUAAUACCAACUCUCGAAGAUCGCAUAAAGCUCCCAAAUGAUUGAAGGAUCAAGGUUUGUGACCUUUUGUGUUAACUUUGAAUUAGUAUCCUUUGUUCGAAGCAAUUUGGAAUGUAUAUGUAUAACUUAUCAAGCAUACAUCGUCAAGGUAGUUUGAAUUUCGCUAUUUGUCUUACAAAAUGAUUUUUAUCGCUUAAUUUCAAUUACUUGUAACUAUUAAUCCUUGGGUUCAUAGCUUAAGAUGCCUUUGCCAUGAGCAAAAAGAGAUUGGAGGAUAGCGAUCGUUUACUGGUUGAUUUUCUCUUAAUUCAAUUUGUUGUGAAAUAUAUUCCAGAAACACAUUGUAGGUCUUUUGAAAGAGAUUGAUCUGCCUCCAAAAUAUCCCCCAAAUUGUACUGAGAAUGCAAAAAUGACAUGUAUUUAGUUUUCUUGUUUUUGAUUUGUCUAUUCGUGGCUUUCCCUCUCAUUUUCAAAUUUGGGCCAUGUGUGCACACCGCAGGUGAUUUAAAAAGGGAGAGACCCUGGAGACCACAACACUUUAAAAUGAAUACAGUACCUCUCAAUUUGUCUGAACAAGGCUUCAUGUCAAAAUUAGGGCAUUAUAUUUUUUCAAUUAAGAGCUAGCACAUGUUUGAAAUAAAACUUUCUGUUCAUACUAUUUAACUCUCUUUUUAAUAUGUAAAACUUUCUAUUAAUUUAGGUUUCUUUCCUGCUUGUACAGUGUACUACUUUGUUCAGUUUGUAGAUGAUGGUAUUCUACACCUCAAAACAGACAACUUCAGAAUCAAGGGAAGAUGUCCUUAAAGAGGCACAGUAUGGGGAUGCCUUCUACUUGUGCACAAUUACUUUUAACAGUGAUUUUGCAGUAAAGCAAGGGGGGAAGGCAUAUACAAUCAAGCAAGCCCUAAAAAACAAAAUUAGUUCUUUAACCACAAGGGCAAAACUAAUGGUUGGCAACCUACCAGGAAAGUGAACAAUUCAGUUGAUUGAAUUAACAUUUAAUAAGAUAUGAUUGAAUAGUUAGUAGAUGGACUAUUUUCUAGCAUUAUUUGCACAAGACUCCCUUACUGCUGUAGUUAUUAAAUAGUGAAGUAAAUUUUUUAUAAUUUAUUGCAUUUUAUGACUACAAAUUUUAUACUCUGGCUUUAAUCCCAACCAGAGACAUUGUAAGAGACACUGCUGAUUUUCAUGAAAUUUGUUUUCUGUUGUACAUUAUUGAAUGAUGAAGUCCAUUUUAUAGAUAUUUUUCCUUUUAAAACAAUGAAUGGUUUUUGCUGAGUUGUCCAACAUUGCAGGGUCAUUUCUGAUUUGCAUGUCAUUGAUUGUUAUAAUUUGUAUGUGUAAUCAAAUGGCGACAAGUGAAAUUAGGAAAUAAUUUCACACGUGUUUUGUCAAAAUGAUCAGAAU